GCAUGAGCAUCAUCUACGUCAUCAUGUUUGUGAUACUGUACAAACGUCAAAAAACGGCAGGAAGAAGUCACAGAAGGGUUUUACAGAGAGUGAAUUGAAUAUGAAAGCUUGUUUGGUACCAGUCGUCUAUAUCAUACUCGUAUUUCCUUC